AGUAUUUUUACCGCAAAGCCACAGAGCAAAGGCGCUGAUCUGAAACGGAGAGGUUGGAGACCGAGGGAGGGCGAGGAUGAGAGGACAGAUUGAGGAGGAUCUAGUGGCAGAGACCUGCUGCCUUCUCCUCCAGAUCUCCGCGGCCUGUGGGCCAGCAUGAAGCAGGCGCCAUGGGCUUUCUGGAAAACUACCAGGAGAUCGACCCCGUCACUUUGAACCUUUGCAUCCUCAUCGCCAGCUACGUUAUCUUGCUCCUGGUUUUCCUCAUAUCCUGCAUCAUGUAUGACUGCCGGGGCAAAGAUCCCACCAAGGAGUACGCUCCGGACCCGCAGCCCACUCAGUCCCCCAUCAGGCUGGUGGUGAUGCAGAGCUCCUCGGCGCCGAUGGGCCGGUGGGACACGGCCAACAUGAUCACCACCUACCACGAACCGUCGCACUCGGACUUCAGGGAGAAGAAGAGCACGAUGGUGUGAAGGACGCAGCGCUGAGAAACUCUGUACAUACCUCACCUCACCUCUUUUCUUUUCUUUUCUUUUCUUUAUUGCUGUACAUGUUCGUUUGCUUUUACGUGUUGCUGUUUUGUGCCGGGACAAUGCUCGGAUUUAACCUGCACAGGACCAGACUGGCAAGGUUCAUGAACCGACGGGCUUCUGCUAACUGUCGCUACCAGCCCACCGUCUAUGAACAUGCUGCCAACUGCUACACUCACGCACUCCUCAUCGUGCCGGCCUUCGUGGGAAUGACGCUGUUGCACUGCUUGUCCGACAACAACUGGGAGCGGGUCACGGCCUGGGUGUACGGACUGGGCCUGUGCGCCCUCUUCGUGGUCUCCACCGUGUUUCACAUCAUCACCUGGAAGAAGAGCCACAUGAGGUCAGUGGAGCAGUGCUUCCACAUGUGUGACCGAGUCGUCAUCUACGUCUUCAUCGCUGCCUCUUACACACCUUGGUUGAACCUGCGGGAGCUCGGACCGUUAGCGGCUCACAUGCGCUGGUUUGUGUGGCUCAUGGCUGCAGCCGGGACCAUUUAUGUCUUCAACUAUCAUGAAAAGUACAAACUGGUGGAGUUGGCCUUCUACUUGACUAUGGGAUUUUUUCCUGCAUCAGUCGUGACAUCAAUGAGCAACACGGACGGCCUGCAGGAGCUGGCGUGUGGAGGACUCAUCUACUGCCUCGGCGUGUUCUUCUUCAAGAGCGACGGCGUCAUCCCCUUCGCUCACGCCAUCUGGCACGUGUUUGUGGCUCUGGCUGCCGCCGUGCACUACUACGCCAUCUGGAAGUACCUGUACAACGCGCCCAGCUCCGAAUCCCUCCUCCAGUCCUGACCAGCUCUCCGCCCAGCCACCCCCCCCACCCCCCACUGCCCAACCAAGCUGCAACAGUAAAAGUUUACGACAACAACCUUAGCUUGUUUACUGUUUUGUAACCAGGAGGAAAGCAGGUUUGUCACCAUCCUCUGAUGAAAUCAAGUGUUUUUGUAAGAGAAGAAUUCUCCAAAGCUUCGGUAUUUGUGACGUUUGAUAGCGUCUUUUUAAAACCACUCAAAGCGAGUCACAUUCCUCUUUAAGGGUCGAUCCGUUUCAUCCGGAGAAAAUCGAGCAAGGUGCUAAAAAUCAGCAGCUCUUCUUAUUUCUACUGAAAGAAACCAAAGCUCCAAAUAAAGGCAGCAUAACAAAAACCUCAAAGUUUAAAAGAAAUUAAAUUGGUUAAUAAGGUGUUGAGGUAUAGUUAUUCUCGUAUCUGAUCCAAAAAUGUUGUAUAAAUCAUGUUUUCUUCUAUUUAUAUCUGUUCAGCGCAUGCUCUCUGUCUGGAAGACGUUGGCGCCCUCUGGUGGCAGCUGGGUAGCAUUCCUCAGUAUUUCAUAAUGUAGAGGAGAAACAGGAGAACUGGGGUGUUAAUGAGCCAAAUGAGGAGACUCCCAAUUAAAAGCAGUUUGAUUUAUCUUUUUUUUUUUAAAUAAAAAUGUGAAUAUUGUGUGAGUGUGUGUGUGAGCUGUUGUGCGGUGUAACAUUUCCUGUUGUGAUUUUGUGUGAUUUUCUUGUGAUUUUUGCACACCGAUGUUAAACAGUGUUUCAUAUCAUGAGGACAUUAUGAUUUUUCUUUUUGUACGUUUGCUUCCUGUUUUGUUUUUCCUUCCUAGCAACGUCUGAAACCAAAUCAUGGCUCAUGUUUUAAUAAUCAUGACUCUUCUCUUGUCUGUUUUCUAUGUUGACUCUGAUGAUCUUGGCCUUUUUGCAGAGAAUAAUUGCUUUUGUUUUGUCUCUUUCACUGGCUGGUGAUGGUUCUUCGUAAAAUCUGAACGCUCCACUGUACUGAAAAUCACCGUGGUAAUGUGACAAUAAAGACAGUAUCUGCA